AUGCUUGUUUCACAGUCUCUCCUCUCACUUGGCUCUAUCUUUAGCGCAGUGACGACUCUGCCGGGAUGCGGAGAAGUGAAUGUUUUUUACACCGGUUUGCCUGGUCGACAUACGUAUGUUACGCAGCAAGGCUAUGAUGCCGCGCUUGUUGAGGCGCAGAUCUUCAACCAUACGCGCCAGCUGCGGGAGGCAGGAUACAACCGGUCUGGAGAGGUCCCGAGAUACCGGGCACAGAAAUGA